UGCGGUGUAGGUUGUGUGUGUGUUGCGCGCGUUGCUGCCAGGAGAGUCCGGUCAUAACUUUUCCUACAACCGGAAAAAAUGAGUUCCAAGGGCGCCCCGGAGCACCGCUGCGAUGUAUGUCUCCGUCAGUUCGACAGGCCGUCUCGUCUGCAAGCCCAUUACAAAAUCCACACAGGAGACCGCCCUUUCCUAUGCCAGUUCUGCGGCAAAGGUUUUGCUUCUAAAGGAAACUGCAACACCCACAUGCGUGUUCAUACUCGGGAGCAACCUUACCAUUGCCCUCACUGCGCUAAAAAGUUCUCGCAGCACGGCCAACUGGUCAUUCAUGUUCGGAAGCAUACUGGAGAGCGUCCGUAUGUUUGUGGCCAGUGCAAUAAAGGUUUCACGUGUGCAAAAGUGCUCAAGAUUCAUUCUAGGACUCACACUGGAGAAAAACCUUUCCAAUGCCAAUACUGUCAGAAAGGUUUUGCGGCCUACGCAAACUUGGUGGUUCAUAGGAGAAUCCACACGAAAGAGCGACCAUAUUCGUGCCGUCUUUGCACGAGGCCCUUCGAACACUCUGGAAACUUGGCCCGACAUUUGCGAGGUCAUCAAGUGGAAAAUGGCGUCCGUUGUAUUCCUUGUGGAGAGGUCUUCAAAGAAGAGAGUGACCUUGUAAAACAUACCAUCGAAGAGCAUCCAACUGAGGUAGAGAAACCUGACGAAUGGGAUGAAAGCAAUGUCGAAACAAUCGGCUCUCUCUGCGAUGAUUCAAUCAGCAUUGUGCCUGAUCCUGAUCCACAGCCUAUGGCCUCUUGCCAAACCAUGGAGAGCUUCAGCAUGAGUAUUGAAGUGUCUGAGAACGAGAGUCCUUCAUUUGAAUUGUCAACUAUCGAUGUGGGUGCCAUAGGAAUAUCUUCAGCGAAUUUAAACGAAACAGGAUCAACACUAGCCGGUACUGGAGGCAGCAGUAACUCAAAUGCCGCUUCUUAUAACAUUGACAUCUCUCGGAUAAGCGCUGGUACUUCGAAUGGAGCUGAAAGUUACGCUGACUCUACCGGAUUACCCUCUGUUGAAGGUCAGAAUUCCAGCAUGGAAAACUCUGUUAGUUCUAGGAGUUCACCUAACCUAAGUUCAGAUGUUGAUCAAGUGACUCUCAGAAUUGACUCACAGCUAUCAAGUAAUUCAGAAAAUUUUGGGCAUGCUUCUUUUCAGACAACUAAUUAUAGUCCUUUAGAUCUGAGUGCAUCUCUAGACCUAGAUUCAAGUCCUCUAAAUCUCUCAGGAACAUCCUCUCGCAGUGAAGUAGUUAAUUCCUCUGUAACUAAAGCUUCUAGCGAUUCAUCAAAUGCGAAGAGCUUAAAGAGAACUAAAAAAAAGAAUAUUAAGCCCCAAAAUCCUCCAAAAUUGCCUAAGAAGAACGCGCCUCCUGAUCUAAUUCCCCUGACGAAGCAUGGGGGGGAAAGGUUUACCCCAAAAUCUCCUCCAGCUGAAGUCGUAAUCGUUGAUGACAGCGACGUAAUCGAAACCUUUUCUGAAAAGACUUUAGAGUUGUCAUGUAAGAGUAAGAAAAUUGCCGAUGGCUCUUCUGAUAGUCUGCUUAAAUGCGUUAAAAAGUGGACCUCGAAGCAAGAGUUGGACGUCAAAACUGACGUCUCUUGGCCUACGUCAUCAUCUUCACCGAUGGGAGACUUGUUGACCCAUUCAUCGAGAUUGAAGCCACAAGCAUCAGAUUUUCAUCGAGUUCAAGUUCCGGUAGAGGAUUACAGACGAAAAAUCAGACAUAUUCCUCAAAGAGAUAUUCAGAGCAGCUUAUUUUCGACUCGUAGACCUCAUGAAUUGAAUCCAGAAGUAAUCCCUCCUGAUUCUGAACCUAAUUCAUUACCACGAAUCUUUGGACCUGAGUCUCUUGGAGACGAGCAGCGCCUGCAACUUCCUUUAUCCGUGGAUCACUUGAGGGAGAAAAUAAAGAAUUCGGUGCUCUCUAUGGUGCAGAACGGGCAGCAGACAAAUGAAGAUUUCAAGCGGAAGGCUGAGUCUGCCAUGUUAUUUUUGAUUGGCAAAGAAACAAUGCGACAGCUUGGAUUUCCAACCAAGAACAUCGAACAGGUGCUUAUUGCUAUCUUGGAUGGUGCUGGGAUGAGGCCCUGUGCUGACGUCAGAGUGGACGAGUUCAUGAGGCUGAAGCACAACCUACGCCUGCUGCUGCAGUAUACAUUCCCCGAUGAGGCGGACUGGCAACGCUUCAGUUGGAGCCACCAAUCCAUUGAAUCCAUCAUCGAAAACAUCGCAUCUUGGCACAGUGAGACACGACGUCCACACUCAACGCAGGCAACCUGCGGACUGACCAGGAGGGUUGAACUUGAAACUCAUGAUGGUGGCACCCGCAGAGACAUGGCGGCGACCACUAACAACCACUUUGGACAAACACUUUCGCUAAGAAACUUGGAUGGUGAUGAAAACACAGUAUCCGUUACAAGGCCUCAGCAAGUCCCCACUGCCCGAUCUAACGCAGGUUGCCCCCGGCAGGCGUGGAAGUUGCCUUCGCUUUUUAACUUCCAGUGAAAUUUGAUUGGUUUUUCGCCGAUGAUGAAUCCCGUUUUUGUUGUUCGAUUGUGCGCUAAUGAGGAUUUUUAUUGAGGAUUUUAUUGUUAUUUGAUGGUGCGCCUAUGAUGUAACACGUUAUUGUCAUGUUAUUCGAUUGUUCGUGGAUGAUGUGAUACAUUAUUGUCUUGUUAUUCUAUUGUUCGCGGAUAAUGUGAUACAUUAAUAUCUUGUUAUUCGAUUGUUCGUGGAUGAUGUGAUGCGUAAUGAUCUUUCCAUUGUUUACGAUGAUCUUAUAAACUUUAUUGAAAUUAGAUUUCCUUAUUCAAUCGGGUUCAAGUUUUCCGAUUGAAUAUCGAUCUCAUCGUUACAUUAGGGCAUUAAAAUGCUCUCAUGAAACGUUUCUCAAGGAUUAAUAAGCUUAUAUUUGCAUGAUGAGGUUAGAAUUUAUUGUUAUGUUUUAUUAAGUUCAUGUUAUUAUUCAUGCAAU